AUGACGAAAGAAGAAGUAAUCUCGUUCGAUUCCCUUCCCCUAGAUCCAACAGGCCCGCGAGGAAAUGCCUGGGGUCGAUUUGGAAAAGAUGAUCAACUUGGGACCCUGAACCUACUCACUCCCGAGCGGAUCGUCCAAGCCGCGAAGGAAAUCCAAACUGGCGUGCGAAUCUCGCUUGACUGGCCGUUGAGCAUGCCUUCACAUCCUAGCUUCAAUCGCCAUCCAUUUAAGCAGGAGAUUGUUCUUCGGAAUCCGAAUUGUGUUUAUGAUGACAUCCUGACAUUCAAUAGUCAAGGGUCAACUCAAUGGGAUGGAUUCAGACACUACGCAAACCAGAAGUCCCGGCAGUUCUAUAACGGACAUACCACAGAAGAGAUAGAAAGCUCGGAUAUCAUUGGAAUUCACUCCAUAUGUGAACAUGGUGGAAUAACAGGCCGCGGCGUCCUCCUCGACUACGCAGAAUGGGCCACCACAAACUCAAUCUCCAUCUCUGCUCUUAAAUCUGAAGCCAUCACUAUCGAGAACCUGAAACGAGUAGUCAAAGAUCACAAUCUCAAUUUUCAAAAGGGUGACAUUCUUUUCAUCCGCAGUGGUUUCACGGCCGCAUACAACAAGCUGGACAACCAGCAGCGAAAAGACCUAGCACUCCGCUCAUCGCCGGAUUUCAGCGGCGUCGAGGCGACAGAAAGUAUGAUGCGGUGGUUAUGGGAGCAUCAGUUCUCUGCUGUCGCUGGUGAUGCGCCGAGCUUUGAGCGUGCGCCCAUCAGAGGUGCCCAUGCAGAUCCGAAUUUUAAUUUGCAUGAGUGGGUGCUGGCAGGUUGGGGAACUCCUAUUGGGGAGAUGUUUGAUUUGGAGAAGUUGUCGGAGCAUUGUAAGGCUACUAAACGUUACAGCUUUUUCUUGUCUAGUAUGCCUUUGAAGGUUAUUGGUGGUGUGGCUAGCCCACCUAAUGCAUUUGCUAUUUUCUAA